ACUAAGGGAAUCAAGAAACGAUUAAAACAGAGGCCACACGCGAAUCGACGCAAAGCCACAUGGGAGUUGUAGUUUCUUCGUAUUUCUCUACCCGUUUAUUUCCUUGACCUGCGAAACCGAAACACACUACAAGCCCCAGUGCGCCGCGUAGGCGGUGUUCGGCACUGUCGAGAGUGACGGCACAUUACUUAAUUCAAUGUUGUGUGUGUGUGAAUGUGUGCAGCGCUGUACUGUAUUAUAAAUGCAAUGGCUGGCUCAAGCGUGGACACGACAACCCUGUGCUUGUUUGAUGUCGACGGCACUCUAACCGCGGCUAGACAGAGAGUCACCCCCGAGAUGGACGCGUUCCUCCAGAGGCUGAGACAGAAGGUGAAAGUCGGGGUUGUGGGAGGAUCGGAUUUCGAGAAGAUUAAGGAGCAACUCGGGGCGGACGUAGUGGAGAAGGUUGAUUAUGUGUUUGCUGAAAACGGCCUGGUCGCGUACAAAGCUGGCAAACUGCUGUCCGUACAGAGUAUACAAGCUCAUCUUGGGGAAGAACUCCUUCAGGACUUUAUCAACUUCUGUUUGAAUUACAUGGCAAAGAUUAAACUCCCCAAGAAAAGAGGGACUUUCAUCGAGUUCCGAAACGGAAUGCUGAACGUGUCGCCGGUGGGGCGGAGCUGCACUCAGGAAGAACGAAUGGAGUUCUUUGAGCUGGAUAAAAAAGAACAUAUCCGAGAUAAAUUUGUAGCUGCUCUCAGGAAAGAGUUUGUCGGACGUGGGCUGGCGUUCUCUAUAGGAGGACAGAUCAGCUUUGACGUGUUCCCGGAGGGCUGGGAUAAGAGGUACUGCCUGGGCAUCCUGGAAAAGGAUGCAUACGAGAAGAUCCAUUUCUUUGGAGAUAAAACCAUGCCGGGGGGUAAUGACUAUGAGAUCUACAUGGACCCCCGGACAACAGGACACAAGGUCUCCUGUCCAGAGGACACCCAGCGCAUCUGUGAGGAGCUCUUCUUCCAGUGAAGCCAUCCCGGAGGGUCUGGUAUGGAUAGGCACCUCCAGCAGAUUGAAGGAACAGUUAACUGGAAUUCAGGGGGUGCUCUUAAUAUUAAACUGUAAUGUAGCAUCGGAGAAACACACCUCUGAUUCAGGUAUGCUUCUGCUAAAGUCUUUUUAAUGUAUCUGCCAAUCAAAAAGCCUGAUCAGAAGAAAUAUGUCUUAAGCCUAGAUGUGAAACCAUUCACUUAGUUCCCAUCCCGGUGAGUAGAAUUGUAAUGACCACAUAUUAGGAAUGUUUUUGCCAGCUUGCCCUUCAAGCUCAUUUCAUAAUUGUUUCUGGACGGGCAGAACCACCGUGUGGAUUGAACCUUUUUAAAAUGUGUUCUAACCGUCUGCAAGACCAAAGGUUGAAUUACUGUAAUAGCAAGUGGUAAUGUUAAACCGACCAUCUCUUCAUCUGUGUCUGUAUGUGUGUUGACUGUGUUUCUGAACUGUGUGUUUUCCUGCUAUAACGCAAACAGCCAGACAUUAAACUGCACUAAAAAGUAACCUUUACAAAAAAGUUUAUUCUAAGCGCAAAUGUUAUGCCAUAGUGUUUGAAUGGGUGGAUUUUUAUUUUAUAAACCUGCCUGCUUUAAAGCAUCACUUCCUUGCA